GACAUGACAACACGACAUGACAACACGACACAUUUGAUCUGGCGCCUCGUCGUGCUACCGGUCUCCAGCGAAGCCGGGGACUCGCAGCUGGAUGGAGACGGUCAUAGGAAUGUUGCCCGGCCCGGCGGUGGUGUGCCACAGCCAGCCGUGGCCGGAAUCGAGUCCGACGCCACGUCCGGCCUCGACGGCCCCGACGGCCUCGACACGCAGCACCAUGCGGAGCCAAAGAGAAAGCUGAAGAAGGCGAAAAAGAAGAAAGCACCAGCUGUACAGUUCCUCGGAUCGCCACCAACGGAAGCGCUGGUCGAUGCGGAGAGGAAGUCUCAGGCGCUCGAUGAACGUUUGGACAUGCUGUUGUCCAAGAAGCAUGAAGAACUGAUUAAGAAGCUGGAAAACUGGAUGUUACGCCAGGAGGAAUUGAUCUUGAACAUCGACAGCAAGAUCUUUGGGUACGGAGCUUCAUUUCAGAUUUGUACAGAUCUUGGCGUCCUCCACGAAGUGGAAGGUGAAGAGGGCGAAGAGGGCGAAGAUGGAAGCUCUACGAAAAAUAUAGCGAAGAAGGCGUUGCAGAAGUUACAAGGGACGCAGCAGACCUUCGACUCUCAGGCAUCCCCUAGUAGCUCCCAGGUGAAGAUGAAGCAGGUGGUGUCGGCGGUGGCCAGGAGAGGGGCUGCACCACAGAAGCAGAAGAGCAAGUUGAGGAAUAGCAGAGAAGUUCAGGACUUCUACAUGCAACAACGAAUCAGAGAGAUGAAGAAAACCAGGAGACAUCCCAACGGCCCGGCAGAGACCUUCAGGGACCGGGUGGCUGAUGCCAUCACGAACCCCAUCUUCGAGAUGAGUUGCCUGGCACUGGGCCUCCUCAGUGCAGUGGUGGUAGGCAUCGAAGUGAACUGGUUCGCCCAGAACAUCACGGCCACUUCUCCACCUUUGGCACUGACCAUCAUCAACCAUGUGGUGAGUGUGAUCUUUACCGUUGAGCUGUCCAUGAAGAUCUACGUGUUGCAACUGCGAUUCUUCAAAGUGGAUAUCAGUUGGCACAUCCUGGAUGUGGUGGUGGUCAGUACCGGAUUGGUGGAGCUUGUGAUUGACUUGGUGAAUCUGAUGAACACCUGUGAGAAUUGCUCCGAAUCAGGCCUGGAUUUGGGCAUCCUGCGCGCCCUCCGCAUCGCGCGCGCCGUGCGCUUGGCGCGGCUGGCGCGCUUAGUACAGUACAUCCGCGAACUGAGACGUUUAAUCAUUUCGGUCCUGGCGACCUUGAAAUCAGUGUUCUGGACCAUUGUCCUCUUAGCACUCAUCAUCUACACUUUCGCGGUGAUUUUCCAACAAGCGGUGAACGACUACGAACAGUCGGUGCUGCGGAGCAAUGCGACCCCAUCCAGCGAGACAGAGAAGUUCUUCCCAGGCCUGUUGAGAACUGCCAUGACGUUGCUUCAGACAGCCACAGGUGGCUUGAGCUGGAUAGAAGUAGAAUCAGCGCUCUCAAACAUUUCCACGUUGUUGGUGGUGACCUUCUUGUUGUACUUUAGCUUUAUUUAUUUUGCCGUGCUCAAUGUUGUGACAGGCGUCUUCUGCAGCACCGCCAUCGAAAAUGCCAGCCAGGAUGCUGAGGCUCAGAUCGAUGAGCAUGUGCGCAAGAGCAAGGACUACAGCGAUCGACUGGUCAAAGUGUAUUUUGACAGCAUCGAUCGACUGGAUGCUGCAAGGUUCGAAAAGAUGGACACGGACAAUACUGGCACCAUUAGCAUCCUGGAAUUUGAAGAGAUGUGGGAAGAUCCGGCCCUUCAGGCGCUGCUGAGCACCCUGGGCAUCAGUCAGUCCAAGGCCUGGAAACUCUUCGAGAUCAUGGACGAAGACGACAACGGGGAGAUCAACGCGGACGAGUUCGUGUGCCUCGGGGCAUCAUGGGGAGGGGAGAACUUGAGGCGAUAUGACGAAACCUGCAAUUAUAUGAUAUAUAUAUGA